AUGCAAACCGCUGUCAUAACCAUCAGCGAGCACCUGUACCAUCCAACAUGGGUCCCCAUACACAAUCUGGUGGGGCGACUACAUAACGUACCUGAUCAACCACCAGCCGAAAUGGGGGAUACUAAAGUGAUGCAUAUCCAUGACUUGGUCGACGAGUCGUAUGUGCAGAAUGACGUCGAGUUGAUGGAAGAUGAGCAAAUACCAGAAGGUUGGAAAGCAGGAACAAAUUCGGAGUGA